UUUCUGCAUUCUCAGUUCGUAGUCGCCACUUUCGAUGUCGGACGUACACGUACAUAAAUUAAAAAUGGUGAUUUGAAGUGUGUGCAUCGCAGGUUAAUUCUUGUUACUCCUUCAUUUGGGUGGUUUUCCUUUUGUUUUUAUAUAGCCAACGCUUAACUGAUCAUGGCAUUUGUACAAUUUUGAUCAAUUUAUUGACGAUUUAUUCGAAACAGUUUUAAUUUGUUUAUUUAUUAUUGCGAUUGUGACGAAUGACGAUUUUAAUGUCGAAUGUGAUUUUUUAUGUAAACAAAAUCGUAUAAAAAGUGAAACGAGAAAAGAAAAGAAAAAAACACUGAUCAGUGAAUUGACAAACAACGAUUGAGACCGCAUUUAAUUUGCCAUUCAACUGAAUAAAAGAAUAAUAAACAAACAAUCAAGAAAAAAAAUUCAAUUAAUAAAUGCAUCCGAUGAAUGCAAAUGAAAAUAUAUUAAUGAAACAGUUGAAGUGAAGAAAACUAUUCAUGUUUGGCAAUUUCGUUUGUUGGUUUCUUCAGUGAACAGACUUGAAAUAGCAGCAACAACAACAACAACACCACCUAGCACAUAGUGACGAGUCGCAUUGGUAUGUGGUUUGUUUGUCAAGCAACAAGAUUCUUCGGAACGUGCAUAUUAUUUAUUAGCAACCGUAUUCUUUUCGUAUUCUGAAUACGUAUUUCGGUGUGUUCGUGCGCUAUUUUGUUCUGUGUUCGAUAAAUUCAGUCAUUUUUUUUUUUUUGCUUCGUAUCGGCCAAAAGCUGAUGAUUUCAAUGAAUUAAAGUGAAAGAUAAAAAUGAGCAGGCGCUAGUUUGUACCGCACAGUGAAUACGAUAUUCAAAUGGUUUUUCUUUAUCUUGAAAUAUAUAACAGUGAACACAUACGAAAAGAAGCAAGCGUGGAAAUAUUCCAUGGCUGAAGCCUGUAUAAGUGAAUGCACCAACAACAGCAAUGAAUAAUUGAAACAGAAGAAAAAAAAACCAUAGAAAUUCAAAUAAACAAAUGAAAAAAACGCAAGUUAAGUAAAAUGUAAUUGGAAACUCACGUUGUAUAGUGUGGUGAGUCGCUCUUUGGACUGUUUGAUCGAAUCGUAGCCACCAAGUGUUUGCAAUUCAUGUUGAGUUUUUUUUUUCGUGUUGUUGUGUGUGCGUUUGCCAUUUGCCACUUGCUCAUCGUGUAAAUGUUACGCAUAGUUUCGAAUGAAUUACGGCUAAACAUCAGAAACAGAAAUAAAACACACACAAAAAAACUGAAUCAUAUAAAAUUAUAUCAUUUUUUGUUUUCAUUCGUCAUUUAUUUGCGUGACACCGUCCAAAUACAUUGUCCAGAAAGUGCAUUUCAUACAUGUAAAAUGAAGAACAGAUAAAAAGCGAUGCAAAACAAAAGUUAAAUCAACAUUCCUUUGUUCCGAGUAUUACAAUUUUCAACUAAAUACGUUUGAGAAUUACAUGAAAAUAACAAGUGAUAUUGUAAUUUAAUCUGUUGAUCUACUGCAAAUUCCAGCUGUUUUCACAUUUUAUGUGAGCGCGGAUGAACAUUUAUAAUUUUUUACACUCCAGACUGAUCGUUAAAACAAUCAAUUUUACUUUAUUGUGAACAAAAAAAUAACACAGAAAAAAUAUAAUAAUAAUAAAAACAAGUCAUUUUACAAAGUGAUGGAAUGUGAAAAGAGAAAUAUGUGCUGCUGUCGAUAAUUGCCGUACGACUCUCACCGAGAAAGUAUUCGAUUGUAAUAAAAGUCGCUCAUAUAAACCAUAAACUAUAAAAUCGCAUGUGAAAUUUACGCACAUCAUCGAAGAAGACGAGAAGAAAUUGGCUGGGAAAUAAAAAAACCAUCUAUCUAUAUGAUAUUGAUGUGAUUAUUUUUAUGUGUGUGAAACAUCGAUUUCAGACAAAUCGUUCGCAAUAAAUUAAAGUGAAACUGCGCUCGUGCAUCAUUUAGAUAAAUCAUCAGCGAUAAAAGCAAAAGUCUUUGAAUAGACAUAAAAGCAACAGCAAAAAAAAUCCACAAAAAUGUUUUCAAAAAAGAAGAAAAAGCCACAAAUAUCGAUGCCAAGCAAUUUUGAGCAUCGUGUUCAUACUGGUUUCGAUAAACGUGAAGGUAGAUAUGUUGGUCUUCCAUUACAAUGGGCAUCAAUCGUUGGCAACAAUCAAAUUUUAAAGUCAACAAAUCGACCUUUACCACUCGUCGACCCAUCGGAAAUCACACAGACCGAAAUUUUGGAUUUAAAAACAAUUGUACGCCCACAUUUUCACAAGCCAAAUGCAAAUAUGGAUGAUACUGUCUCAAUGAAAUCAACGCUCAGCAAUAGUACAGCAACAGCUGUAGCUGCAAAUGGUAUCCAAUUGCCGAAAACAUCGCAUGUGGCCAGAUCGAAUUCAUUGCGAAGCUCCAGUCCACCACGGGUACAACGUCGUUCGGCCAAUGUACCGCCAUCGGUGCCCGAAGAACCAUCACAAAUUCCAAUGUCAAAUUUAAAUAUGCAGCCAAACAUGAAUCAACCACAAAUGCAACCAUAUCAUAAUGCAGCAGCAAAUAUGCCGCCACAAGUCAAUUACGUGACUAAACCUCCGCAUCCAAUGCAAAUGAAUCAGUACAACAAUGGCAUGAACAAUGCUGCCGAAAUGAAAGGUUUUAAUGGUAAUGGCAUCGCUCAAAAUCCUAUUUCUGUACACACCGAUUUUCCACCAGCCGCACCUUACAGACCACAGCAAACGUCACCGAUGGGCACCAUGCAACCCAAUAAUAUUGCUCAACGUCCCAAUUUUCCGUUACCGUCGACGGUACAAAAUCAAAUUACACAAGGGUCAGUACAACAACAUCAUCACGGUCAUCAAAUGAUGAAUUAUCAGCACGCUCAAUACGUACAGCAAAAGCCACAGCCAGCUGCACCUCUGCAACAUCAAAUGCAAAAUCCACAAAUGACAAUGCAGCAACAGCAGCAGCUACAGCAACAGCAACAGCAUUCGCGAGCAUCUAGUUCGAGUGGAGGAACCAGUACUGGAGCGAAUCAGAAUUAUGUUCAGAAUCAAAAUCAAAAUCCCAAUCAAAAUGCAAACACUGUUAACAACAAUGUAAAUAACCAAAAUAACAGUACCACCAACAAUGGUACCGCCAGCAACAACAAUUCCAACAAUAAUAUGAAACAAGAACAGCGAUUAACACACGAACAGUUCCGAGCCGCACUACAAAUGGUUGUGUCUGCCGGUGAUCCACGUGAAGAUUUGGAGAAUUUCAUGAAAAUCGGGGAAGGGUCAACGGGAACAGUUUGCAUUGCAACAUAUAAAUCAACCGGUCGUCAAGUUGCGGUUAAAAAAAUGGAUUUACGCAAGCAACAACGUCGUGAAUUAUUAUUUAAUGAAGUGGUCAUCAUGCGUGAUUAUCAUCAUCCGAAUAUAGUCGAAACAUAUAGCAGUUUUUUGGUUAACGAUGAACUGUGGGUGGUCAUGGAGUACUUGGAAGGUGGUGCCCUUACGGACAUUGUAACUCAUUCUCGAAUGGAUGAAGAGCAAAUAGCCACCGUUUGUAAACAAUGCUUAAAAGCAUUGGCCUAUCUUCAUUCACAAGGUGUAAUUCAUCGUGACAUCAAAUCGGACUCGAUAUUGCUGGCAGCCGAUGGUCGUGUAAAAUUGUCGGAUUUCGGUUUUUGUGCACAAGUGUCGCAAGAGUUGCCGAAACGUAAAUCACUUGUUGGUACACCAUAUUGGAUGUCGCCGGAAGUGAUUAGUCGAUUGCCAUAUGGACCCGAAGUCGAUAUUUGGUCCCUCGGAAUUAUGGUUAUUGAAAUGGUAGAUGGGGAGCCGCCAUUUUUCAAUGAGCCACCACUUCAAGCGAUGCGUCGCAUUCGUGAUACAAAACCACCAAAUUUGAAAAAUGUUCACAAAGUAUCGCCACGUUUGCAAAGUUUUCUCGAUCGCAUGCUUGUUCGAGAUCCAGCCGUACGUGCAACAGCCGCCGAAUUGCUUACACAUCCAUUUUUACGACAAGCCGGACCACCUUCACUGCUUGUUCCAUUGAUGCGCAACACAAGACAACAUUAGAUAAAUGAUAAAACGCUUCCGCUUCCCUCCCUCACCCUUCGGAACCUUUUUUUUUUCGAAGAUAAGUUUGUAUAUUUUGACAGAAUGUAAAAUUUUCCAUUUUUUUGAAAAUGAAACAGAUGAAGAAGAAACAAAGUUGGUGUCAAAUUGAACACCGCACCAUUAUUUAUGGUCU